CACUUGCCCAUGCAUUGUUGCUUCAGAUGGACUGACCCAGAACUCCCAGCAAGUUGCCUGAGGAGCAGAAUAAAGACGUACAGCCUAAAUGCUUCUCCACUGUUGUCAUAUGUAUGCAUGAGUUGCUUGUUUUUCAGGAGUUUCUUCAGCUACGAGUUCAGAACGCGAUGCCAUGGUCUCCCUGUGCUGGUUGGUUCAAAUAUACAUGUAUCUCUGCUUCUCUCUACCAUGGAACUGUCAGUGAGACAAAUACUUGGAAUCCUGGGGGGAAAAAAAAGGUGCACCCUGGGACUGAUGCAUGUCAACAGAGAGGGUGGCAGUACUAUCACUAGCUGGUGUGGUGGCCUCUUUAAUCUUUAUGAUGUUCUUGACACCAACCAGUAGAGCCUGCAGCUGAUUCCGUUGAGGGAGGGAGAUGGGGCAGAGAUUGUGCUGUUGGGUGGGGUGG